AUGGAAACAUCGGUGGCCCAACAACAGCCAGCGACAAGCAAUACAGCUCUGGGAUUGAGCAGUCGGGAGGAGACAGGUGAGACCUCUGAGAACUCCCUGUCGAAUGUCUCAGGACAAUCGUUAAGCGAAAAUCAAUUGGGCCCAUCAGAGGAAAAGACAGAAGAGAAGCCAUGGGGUGCAACAGUAAGCAAACCAAUCGGGGUAUCCGAGGAAGAGAAGAAAAAGCGUGAUUUUGCUGUUCAGCACAAGUCACUCACUGAAACUCGAUGGGCGGUACUAGAGCAACUGACGGACACGCCGCCGAGGAACGAAGAGACAGCUGAGGUUUCAGAAGGACAUGAUUCUACGCAUUCACAAGAGAAACAUGUGGAAGAGAAAGAUACAGCGUCAAGAGAGGCAACAGCAACCGGACCAACGAUGGAGUCGAGCGAGGAAGACAAGGUUGCACAUGAUGCUAGCAGAGAGGAGUGCUCGGGCACCUCAAGACCCUUUUUUUGCCCAAAGCCGUUGGGCUACAUCCAAGCAACAGGUGGCUACACCACCAAGGAAUGA